ACUACGAUUGUCUGCAUUAGUAGCAUGAUUGCUAGCAAAUUAGCAUACAUUUUGUUUGCAUUAUUAGAAAAUAAGCAUGAUUCCUAGGAUAUCAGCAUAAGUACUCUUAGCAUUAUCACGUACACUUUGCACUCAUUGUAUUUGUAAUCGAUAUAUUUGGCUGUUAGCUCCAAUUUAUCCACAACAAUGCAGAUGCAAUGCCAGCAUAGACACAGUGGCACAGUCCAUACACUGAGUCAACGCCACCGGUUUGAAUCCCACUGAGCAAUGUAAACAUGUUCACGUGUGGCAUGACAUCAGUGCACUUUUACACUUGGAGAUACAUGUCUGCAAUGUUUUUGUAGAAACCGGACUCCGCUCACUGCUUUUGUUGUUUUGGCCUUCGCUCCUUGCUUGGUCAUUGCUGCCUGCAGCUAUAUUUCCUUCUUAUUUCCUUCUUGCUGCUGGAAUUAUGAACCACAAUAAUGACAGUAGAGCAUUAGAGAGAGAGAGACUCCACUCAUAGCAUACACACUGCUAUAAUUAUGAACCAAUAUUACAACUACCUUCCAACCCCUACUUUUUUCUGUCACAGUUUCUCACCCUUCUACCUCACCUGCUUUUUCUCUGUGUCACCUGUAUCGCCUAAAUCAUUUUCUGUCACUAUUCCCUCUCCCCCCUUCUACCUUAGCUUUCCCUCUACCUCUAUUUGAAUGCCUUGGAAUAUCUUUACCCACUUCUUUUUUUUUUUUCCUCUUCUCUUUUACUUCCUCCGUCUACCCUCUUUUCAUCUCUUCUUUUUCUUUCUUUCCCUCUUUCAGCAUGGACGUACAGACUUUUCAUGGGAAGGAAUCAAUCUCUCAAUGGAAGAUACCACCUCCAUCCUCCCUCGUCUGAAGCGAAACUCCUCCAAUGCCUAUGGGAUCGGUGCUCUGGCUAAGUCCUCUCUGUCAGGUGUGUCAGGUGUGACACGCUCCAUGAAGGACAAAGUGACGAAGCCCACAGCCAUGGCCCAGGGCCGCGUGGCUCACAUGAUCGAGUGGCAGAGCUGGGGCAAACCAUCUGCUGGGCCGGAGGGGGGCGCGGGUCGGACCAACCUGCACCGCGAGAGGGAGAGACGGCUGGAAAACGACGCCUACAGUGACCUGAGCGACGGGGAGAAGGAAGCCCGCUUUGCAGCCGGAGUGAUGCAACAGUUUGCAAUCUCAGAAGCAACCUUGCUGGCCUGGAAUUCUAUGGAUGGAGACAGUCUAUGCGCUGGAUCCAACCAAGGCAGCGUGGCCCAACUCAGCGAUGUCAACCAGGAGAGUAUCACCAGUAGAGAUCAAAUAUUACAUCACUCUUCAGCAGACGUUUGGCCACACAGCUACGUGUCUCAGGGCCUCUACUGCCUCUCCUCCUCCGAUGCCUGGGAGCCAAUCAAUGACGAUCCCUCGGGCGUGGUCUCCCCCGGCGGCAGCUCUUAUGUCAUGCCGGCCGGGACCCUGUGUGAAAGCUACGAGGGAAACACAGGCCACAUUUUAUCCCAGCAACAGCAACUUAACUUGCAACAGAGUCAGUUGCAGCAACUGCAACAAAUACAGCACUACCAGCAGCAGCAGUUACUACAGUAUCAACAACAGCAGGCACUGGAACACAGGUUCCACAGAGCCACCCGCUCCCUGCAGGCCACCCCAAACAGCACCAUCCACAGCCUGGGCCCCACCACUCACACACCCCUCGUUGAUUUGUGGGCGGCGGGGCAGGUGGAGGCCUAUCAGGUGGACGUUGGCGGUUACGUGGGCGUGUCAGCUGGAGAAGGGGAAGCAGCGGCGAUGGAUGGGAAGGAGGCAGGGACGGAGAGCGAGUGUCUGCUGGAGCAACAGGAAGAGGAGGAGGCUAGGGAGGGGGAAGUGACGUUGUGCACAGAGCACGAGUCUCUUACUUUGACCCCACCAUUGCAAAGCGAAGAGAUUGUUGCUGCUGCAGGGGACAUCAGCCCGGGACAAGCAACAGAGCCGAUCACGGAGUACAAGAACUUUGACGUCACUUCUUGUGUUGUCCAGUCCUUGGAAGAGAAGGAUGAGGAGGCAGAAAAUGCUUCGGUUGCUGUGGCAACCAACUGAGUUACGAGCAACAGAAAGAGACUAACAGACUCCGCAGCUGGCAUAAGAAAAUAAUUUAUGAAAUAAUCAAUCAAUCAAGAUAUUCUAUUCCUUUGCAGGUAUUAAUCCUCUCUGUGACUGAACCAAUUUUAGAGACUAUUUUAUGAGGAGAAAAUGACAGACAAAAAAAUAAUAAUAAAACAUCAAGAACAAAACAACGUGAAAGACUUACGUCCCUGAGGAGUCAGGGAUACAUAGACUGAGAUAAAGGAGAGGAGGAAGAGAGGAGGGGAGGAGGAGCGGGGUUGUGUUCAGAAAAUGGAGCAGCCUGGAAAAGAGGAAGGAGUGAGAGAGAAA